UCUCACUUCAUUUUUCUUGGGUCUUAUCUCUACACUCUCUCUCUCCGUGCUCGUUCUUCCAUCUUCCUCUGCUUAAAUUGAUGAACAAAGGGUCGUCGUUUUUAAUUGAUCUUUUGGUACAGUGAGAGAUUGAGAACGUUAUUCACUAUCAGUGACUGUAACUUUCGGAGUGUGGAGAUUGAUGACAAGCAACCCCAUUACGUGGAAGCCCAAGAGGAGGAGAAGACGAAGAGGACAAGGGUAACCGAAUCACUCUUCUUUCGUUUUUCGUUGCCACUUUUAGAAGCAGGAGAAGGAGGGAAAAAAAUGGAGCUUUUGAUGGGUCCCACUUUCACCAUCGACGUUCCGUCGUCUCCGCCGCCGCCCGGCGAAGCCAACCAACGGAUCUUCUUGAACGGAGUGACGGAAGGUGACGGGUCGAACUUCCGGAUCUCGGGGCCACCCAAGUUUUUCGCCGGCGGCGAGUCAGAGUCGGAGAGUUCGUCGUCGAUCGGAACCCCCGAUGAGAGUGAUAACGACGAGGAGGAGGAGGAAGAGGAAGUUCAAAGCAAGUUGAAGGGACGCUCCGGGUUGGGUUCUUUGGAUGCUUUGGAGGAUUCUCUUCCCAUCAAGAGGGGAUUGUCGAGCCAUUUUGAUGGGAAAUCAAAAUCGUUCACAGAUCUAUCUCAAGUCAGCACCUUGAAGGAAUUGCAAAAGCAAGAGAGUCCUUUCAACAAGAGAAGAAGGGUUUUGAUUGCAUCAAAGUGGUCCAGAAAAUCAGCUUUUUAUUCGUGGUCAAACCCAAAAUCCAUGCCUCUUUUACCUGUGAACGAGGAUCAAGAUGAUGAUUACGAAGAAGAGGAAGAAGAAAAAGCCAGAAAAGUACCCUCUGCUUCUUCUUCCUCUUCUUCCUCCUUGGCUGAGGACAAGAAACAAGAAGAUCAAGUUCACCUGUGCCGUAAAAGAUUACCUGAAUCUUAUGCUGCCGAGAUGAGGCUUAGACUCGGAAGCUUCAAGUCUAGGAGCUUCUCUCUUGCAGAUCUACAAGAACACGAUGAUGAAGAAGAAGAUGAUGAUUAAUUAACAUUUAACAUAGGGGGUUUUUGUUUUUAUUCUUUUUGUUAUUGCUGCUGUUACUAAAUAAAAUUAUUAGAAAUUAAAAAUCUUACGUUUCUCUUUUUUACUUUUCGGUUAAAUCUUAAAAAAAAAAAAAAAGAAUUUUGUUAAAGGAUAUACUGUGCAUAUCCGGUGGGUCUAGGAAAGUAAGUAAUGAAAGCUUGGUAGUUCAUAUAAUGACAGGAGCUCCGAGCUUUACUUUUCUUCUGAUGGUGUUUGUUUGUAUGCUAAUAUAAAGUGGAUAUGGAUAUUGGGACACAUUCACAUUCCACAUGAAGGAAAGGAUAAACAUCCAAAAUUGGGUGAACAAUAUUAUACG